AUGCAGGAGCUCGCGUGGAGUGACUAUGCUGUCAGUGAGUUUGUUCAUGUGGCUUUGAGAAUGGUGCAACAACUACUCACAGAAGAUCUAAGGUUUCUAAUUCAUCAUUCCAUCUCACCCCAGCUGCAAUGGCACCAUAGUCAAUAUGAUUCGAAUGUAAUUUUCGAGGAGGAAGCUUGGUUUGACUCAUUGAGUAUUCUGGAGUCUGACUCGGAUGAUGACUUUAUCAAUAUACAUGGAGCAAGCAAUCCAGUUGGGAAUAUCUCAAGUGGCCAAGUACUUCAGUACAAAAGAUCUGCUCGCUUUGUUGAUAAUGGGUGUAAGUAUGAAGAAUACCAAAGCUAUAUGAAAAUAGAUGGAGGUAAAUCAGAUAAAAUCACAGGCAAAGAUGAGCGCAGGGAAUCAAAUCGGUUUUCACUUGUUAGUCCCCAGGGCUAUGUGCUUUCUCGCUUAGGGAAGGCUGAUGAAGUUUGCAGUAAGAGGAAGAAUAUAUUAGAUCACUCUUAUGGAAGCUUUAAAGGACUUAUAGAGGAUGGACAUUAUUCUAAUGAAAAAAUUGAAGACAAUGCCCUGAAAUCUGGCUUAUCUCAAUUGGUACCUUCUAGAGUUUGGUUCCACAGUCCCAGAGAAAGCCAUCAGCCGUUUUCCGACUUUCUUUUAAAAGGAGAUCCUGUUAUGCAGAAGAAACCAUUGAACAAUUUUCCAGAUGAGACAGGUGGAUCUGAUAUUGAAGUGUUGGUCUAUGGACCUGAGACUAUGAAAGAAUCAGUGGGGCAUCAAUUUGCCAGAAAAAAUGUGGAGCUAAGAAGCAGAAACCCAAUUUCAGCUUCCACUCCCUCAAUCUCACACCAGAAACCAUAA